GGGCGUCACCCCAAUUUGGCACUUUAACAAAAAAGUUCUCCAAAAUGGAAACUCAACAGUUUGGAGUUGGAGGAAGAAGCAGCAAGAAAUGGAGGUUUAGAAGAAUCUGUGUAUUCUGCGGUAGCAGCCCCGGCAAGAACCCUACCUAUCACCUUGCCGCUCUUCAACUAGCCAAACAAUUCGUGGAAAGGAAUAUUGACUUGGUUUAUGGAGGAGGCAGCAUCGGCCUCAUGGGCUUAGUCUCCCAAGCUGUGCAUGAUGGUGGUUGCCACGUGUUAGGAGUGAUUCCAAGGACCCUAAUGUUAAGAGAGUUGACUGGAGAAACGGUUGGAGAAGUGAGACCUGUCUCUGGCAUGCACCAACGUAAAGCUGAGAUGGCCAAACAAGCUGAUGCAUUUAUUGCCUUACCAGGUGGGUAUGGCACUCUAGAGGAGCUUCUGGAAGUAAUAACUUGGGCACAACUCGGAAUCCAUGAAAAACCCGUGGGACUAUUGAACGUGGAUGGCUAUUAUAACGCACUUCUCUCCUUUAUAGACAAAGCUGUAGUCGAAGGUUUUAUUACACCAGCUGCCCGUAAUAUCAUUGUUUCUGCCCACACUGCUCAUGAACUCAUGUGCAAACUUGAGGAUUACAAUCCCGAGCGCUCCUGAGUUGGCGGAUGGAUCUGAUCGAGAGAUGCAAAAAACAAAUGGUUUUCAAAUCAAAAUAAGACAUUGCACGUUGACUUGGUCUCAUUAUUGGACACACAAAAGAAGAAAAUAGAAGGACAAGAAUUAUUCAUGUCGGUUUCUGCUUUGUGCUUGUGCCACCACAGUUGUUUCUAGUUCUCUGUGUUCAAUUUUAUUUUUCAAUUGUUAGUUCUAUAGCUGGCUAAGAUUAAUCUGUAAAUAUGUCUGUGUAGAUGGUGGAACUCAAACUUAUAAUCGAAGGGAAUCCGUUAUUCUUCAAGACGGUUACUUUA